AUGGCUGAACGCUUGAAGGCAGCUAUCCUCGUUAUCUCAGACACUGCUUCUCGAGAUCCUUCGACUGACGGAGUAGGCGACGUCCUUACCGACACCUUCGGCCAGCAGGGCGACAGAUGGGACAAGCCAACCGUCGCCAUCGUUCCAGACAGUGUAGUAGAUAUCCAGCGCCAUAUCUCUCGAUGGGCUGAUGGAGAGCAUCCCUUCAAUCUCAUCGUCACCUCUGGCGGGACGGGGUUCGCUGUCAAGGAUAACACACCUGAGGCUGUUUCGCCUUUAAUCCAUCGACAUGCGCCUGGGCUGGUGCAUGCCAUGUUGUCUACUUCGUUUGAGAUAACACCUUUUGCGAUGAUGUCAAGGCCAGUUGCAGGAGUAAGACACAAGUCGAUCAUCCUAACGGUACCUGGAUCCCCCAAGGGUGCAAAGGAAUGCGUCGAAGCAGUUAUCAAACUCUUGCCCCAUGCAUGUGUUCAAGCAGCAGGCGCUGAUUCAAGGUCCCUACAUGCUGGUGGAGUUAAUAAACUAGAAAAAGAAGCUGGAGUGGCCGCCGUGUCUUCAAGUUCAGAAAAAUCCCAUCGUCACUGUCACCACCAUGGCCAUGGACAUGGUCAUGCUACACCCAAGGCUCAUACAACUGCAGCUGAGAGACCAAGUCCCAAUGAUCCCUCUGUUGGCCCAACUCGGCGCUACCGUACCUCUCCAUAUCCAAUGAUCUCAGUCGAUGAAGCCCUGGAGCUGAUAUCCGAACAUACGCCAGAGCCUAUGGUCAUCGAAGUCCCUGUGGAUAUCUCUCUUGUUGGCUCUGUUAUAGCUGAGGAUGUCUUUGCUGCAGAAGCUGUUCCGGCCUAUCGGGCAAGCAUCGUUGACGGAUAUGCCGUCAUUGCCCCUGCUUCCCCGGGAGACGAUGGCAACAGCACAAAGGGUCAGUUUCCAGUAGCAUCAGUAUCUCAUGCACAAGCAGCUUCCAUGCCCCCGCCGCUGAAGCCUGGAAAUAUCGCCCGUAUCACGACGGGUGCUCCGCUUCCAGAUAAUGCAAACGCAGUUGUCAUGGUAGAAGAUACUGUUUUAGUAUCCACUACUCCAGACGGACAGGAAGAAGCUGUCGUCGAGAUUCUAACUGCAGAUAUCAAGAUCGGGGAGAACAUCCGUGAACCAGGUAGCGACGUUAAGCUCGGCUCAAAGAUUUUGCAGAAGGGAGAUCUCAUCACCGAUGUGGGAGGCGAGAUAGGUCUACUGGCCUCCACAGGCACCAAGACUGUAAAGGUAUACAAGAAGCCAUGUAUCGGGGUGCUUAGUACGGGAGACGAAUUAGUCGAGCACUCCGACCCUACCAAACUUACGGGCGGUCAGAUUCGAGAUUCAAACCGGCCAUCUCUAAUCUCAUGUUUGACCUCGUGGGGUUUCCCAACUGUUGAUCUGGGUAUCGCGGAGGACACAUCCGGUCACUUGGAAGAACUCCUUCGCGAUGCUUUGCGUGGAUCAACACCAUCCAAUCCCUCAGGCGUAGACGUCAUCAUCACCACUGGCGGAGUCUCAAUGGGCGAGCUUGACCUACUGAAACCUACCAUCGAACGACAGCUAGGAGGCACUAUACACUUCGGACGAGUGUCGAUGAAGCCAGGUAAACCUACAACUUUUGCAACCAUCCCGUUCAAACCCAGCUCAUCUACCUCGAGCCAGAGAGAGACUAGAGUCAUCUUCUCUCUUCCUGGAAACCCAGCUUCCGCAUUAGUUACACUCAAUCUGUUUGUGCUUCCGUCGCUCCACAAGACGAUGGGAUUGACCCAACGAGGUCUUCCGGUCGUGAAGGCAUCUCUAACCCACUCGAUACCCAAAGACCCGAAACGCACGGAAUAUCACCGCGCUGUGGUAGGUUCGUCUGAAGAAGACGGACGGUUACUUGCCACAAGCACUGGCGUUACUGGUGUAGGACAGCGGAGCUCAAGAGUUGGUAGCCUGGCAAAGGCCAAUGCACUGCUAGUUCUUGAGCCUGGGUCUGGUUCUAUUGAGAAAGGACAAUUAGUCAAAGCUUUGAUGAUGGGGCCUAUGGCUUGA